UCAUGACAUCACAUGGUCGCGGAAUGACUGAGUAACUUUCAGCAGCAAGACUUCUUACUGCGCUUUUGUUGCUGUUGUUUUGCUGCCUUAUUCACGACAACCUAAAGGGCCCAGCGAACUUAACGCCACCCCCGAUGUCUUGAUCCCACCGUGACCUACAUGCCCGCUCCAAGCUUUUUGGUGCUGAAGAGUGAAGAUGGAGCACGAGGAGGAGAGCAGGAGACCUGGCGCUCGCAAAUCAGGCUGGGGUCGCAUUGCCAUGCUGGAUAAGACCAAGGAGUUCUUCCAGACAUGCGACGUGGAGGGCCGGGGCUUCAUCACACGCACCGACAUGAGGAGGCUCCCGCUGCCGCUGUCGGCCGAGGAAUUGGAGGACGUCUUUGACUCUCUGGAUACGAAGCACACUGGUUAUCUCACGCUUGAGGCCUUUUCUUCGGGAUUCAGUCAGUUCCUCCACGGUCGGAGAAUCUCGGUGACCGACGAGCCGGCCCAGACUCAGGUUCCGGGCUCCCGUGCCAAAGAGGCCUUCUUCCAGAGCCAAUGGGAAGCCAAACUGUCCGGAGGCGAGGACGAGGAAGAGGGUCACUUCUGUCUGUUGCUGGACAGCCUUGGAGCCAGUAAUGUUUUUGAGGACCCGGACGAGGUGCGCAGUUUGUGGGCGCAGCUCAGACGGGACGAACCUCACCUCCUGUCCAACUUUGAGGAGUUCCUGGCUAGGGUCACCCAUCAAAUCAAAGAGGCCCACCAGGACAAGAAGGACAUGGAGAGCGCCCUCCAGAGGAAGGCGGCGACGCACGACAACGAGAUCCGCCACCUGUACGAGGAGAUGGAAGCCCAGAUCAAGACGGAGAAGGACAGGCUGCUGCUGAAGGACUCGGAGCGCCUCCAGUCGAGAAGCCAGGACCUGGAAGAUCAGCUGUUCUCCAAGGAGAGGGAGCUGGAACUCAUUUUCCAAAAGCAGAAGAGAUUGGAGUUGGAGUGCCGUGAGCUGAGCAGUGAGAAGCAGGAGAGCCACGUGGAGAACGUCAAGCUGAAGAUGACCAAUGAUGAGUUGGCGCGGGCGCUGGAGAGCACCAGCCAGGAGCUGCUGGUGGCCCAAGACCAGCUGGCCAUGCUGCAGGAGCAAGCCGCACGCCUGCACCAGGAGAAGGAGAUGGAAAUGUACAGAGUGACGGAAGGACUGCAAAGAGAGAAGCAAAGCCUCAUGAAGCAGCUUGACCUCCUCAGGGAGAUGAACAAACAUCUCAAGGACGAGCGGGACAUCUGCUCUGGUGUGCCAAGAACAUCUCUGAGGAAAAAGCAGAAGCAGCGAGCCGGCCUGGCCGACAUGUUUGACGACAGCAGCCAGCCUGCCAAAAGAUCUCCUCUGGUGCCGGAUGGCUCCUACCAGUCUCUGGAGGCCUUGCCUAUAGAGCACCUUCAAAUCGUGUUUGUCGCUUCCUCCUCCUGCAGUGAGGACGACGCCGCCGUCGUGAAGAAGAGCGCCGGAUUGGCUAACGGCUACGGCGGCCCCGCCCUUCCCAAACCUCACAACGUGAGAGCCAAGGGCAAGAAGGCCAUCGCCAGGUCCUCGAGUUUUAGGAGGACCUCCAGAGAGAGGAGCAAGAAGCUGGAAGCCAAAGCCGAUGAGGUGCUGGACUCCCCCCCGGGCGGGUGGCCCCUCCGCCGGGUCAUCUCCAUCGAGGAGGACCACCUGCCUCACCUACUCCAGGGGGGGCCGCAGCUCCUACUGCACCAGCUCAGCGAGGAGGAAGACGGCGAGGCGCGCAGCGAUUUGGAAUGCAGCUUGGUCAAAGCGGGACGUUUUUUCCAGGCCAAGAAGAAGACCCCCAUGUCGCCGCGGGGGCAGCCGGUCGGGAAGGAGACCCAGCAUGUGGCGGAAGUGCCCGUGUUAGGCCCCAGUCGACUUUUCAAGGUGGUCCUGGUGGGCAACUCCAGCGUAGGCAAGACGUCGCUUCUUCGCUCCUUUUGUGAGGGACAUUUCCAUCCAUCCACAACGGCGACUGUGGGGAUCGACUUCAGCGUGAAGACGCUCACCUUGAACAAUAUGCAGAUAGCGAUGCAGCUUUGGGACACGGCAGGUCAAGAGAGGUACCGCAGCAUCACCAAGCAGUUCUUUCGCAAGGCCGACGGCGUGGUGGUGAUGUACGACGUCACGCUGGAGGAGAGCUUCAAGGCCGUGCGACCCUGGCUCGCCAACGUCAAGGAUGCUGCGGGAGAAGGCGUUCAAAUCCUUGUUCUGGGCAACAAAAUGGACAUGGACGGAGACAGAGAGGUGUCGUUUAAGGAAGCAGAACGUCUGGCACAGGAAAGCAAAGUGAUGUUCUACGAGGUCAGCGCCUACACGGGCAAGAACGUGACUGAAUCUUUAACUCACCUGGCCAGGGUGUUGAUGGAGCAGGAGGACCGGGUGAGAGACACCACCGUCAUCCUCAGCGCUCAUCCUUUGAAGAAGAAGGCCUGCUGCAAAUGAACAUGCCUUGGUGGAGAUGACAUCACUGAGGUUGGCCAGGAUGGCGUCCUGUGAGGUGCGCUCGCUCAUACGGACGAGGGAGGGCGCUCAGGGCAGGGAUGGUUGUUUUUGAGCGCUUAACGCAUCUUGUAGUCGUGGGAGAUGGCAGCGUC